GGCUGCAGUGGGGCCAGGGUGAGGUGUCAAUGGGGCCAGGCCUGGGGGGGGUUCAGUGGGGCUGGGCCCAAGUUGGGGGCUAACGGGGGCAGGGCUGGCAUGGGGGUGCAAUGGGGCAGUGCCCCACAUAGGGGUGCAGUGGGGCCGGGCCCGGGGUGGGGAUCGGCUGCCCCAGGCCGCCGGGCCGUGUGAUGAGUUGGGGGUGCCGUGCGGGGGGGCUGGGCUGUGGGUUUCCAGGGCGCUGGGCGACACAGGUCGGGACGUGGGUCACUGCAAUGCGUGUCGGGACGUGGGGCACGGCGUGACAUGUGUCGGGACGUGGGGCACAGCAUGACGUGUGUCGGGACGUGGGGCAUGGCGUGACGUGUGUCAGGGUGUGGGGCACAGCAUGAUGUGUGUCGGGGUGUGGGGGGCACCAUGUGACACGUGUCAGGGUGUGGGGCACCGUGCAAUGCACGCUGGGACACGGGGCCCCGCGUGAUGCGUGUCAGGGUGUGGGGCACCACGUGGCGCACGUUGGGACGUGGGUCACUGCACGAUGUGUGUCAAGGGUGUGGGGCACUGUGCGACGUGUUGGGGCGUGGGGCACCGCGUGACACGUGUUGUGGCACGAGUUUUGGGGCUCACUGUGUGAUGUAUGCCGCGACGUGGGGCACUGCAACGUGUGUCAGGCUGUGGGUCACCGUGCGACGCAUGUCAGGAUAUGGGGGGCACCAUGCGACGCAUGUCGGGGCGUGGGGGGCACCGCGCAAUGUGGGUCAGGAUGUGGGGCACUGCAUGACGCGUGGCGUGGCGUGGGUUUUGGGGGUCACCGUGCAACGCGUGUCACGGCGUGGGGCACCAUGCGACGCGUGUUGUGACGUGGGGCACCGCGCGCGGGGGGUGCUGAGCCCCGGCUCGGGGGGGCCUCGGCCCUGCUGGGGCUGCGAUCCCGGGGGUCCGAGCCUGCGGGCAGUGCGGGGGGGCCGGCGCGUCCCCGGGGGGGGCCCCCGCGGGGGCCGUGACGCACGCCGGGGGCAGCGGUGAGGGCCGGGCCGCGUGCCGGCCUUGGCGCCGAGCGAGCGCCGGCCUCGCCGCUGAUGGAUGGCGGCACGGGGCCCGGCCCUGGCGCCUCGCCGGCCGCCGGGGGCUCCGGGGGGGGGGGGGUCCGGGCUCGGCGCGGCCCCCGCCACGCUUCGCCCCGCAGAGCCGCCGGGGCCGCGGAGGAGGCAGAAGCUGGUGCUGAUCCACGAGGCGCUGCGCAGCGACCCGGUGGGCGUCGAGGCGCUGCGGGCCGCCGCCGUCAGUGCCGGGGGGCUGCUCUGCGAGGAGGUCCGCAGGAAGGUCUGGCCCAAGCUGCUCGGCGUCGACACCUACAGCCUGCCCCCCCGGCCGGGCAAGGCCACGCGCCAGAGCCACCGGGACUACGGGCAGGUGCUGCUGGACGUGGCUCGCUCCACGCGCCGCUUCCCCCAAGGCAUGCGGGCCGAGCAGCGGCGGGUGCUGCAGGAGCAGCUGGCGAACCUCAUCGUGCACGUCCUGCGCGCCCACCCCGAGCUCCACUACUACCAGGGCUACCACGACAUCGCCGUCACCCUGCUGCUGGCCGUGGGCGAGCGCCUGGCCGCGGCCCUGCUCGACAAGCUCUCCACCCACCACCUCAGGGACUUCAUGGACCCCACGAUGGACAGCACCAAGCACGUCCUCAACUACCUCAUGCCGCUGCUGCGCCGGGAGAGCUCCCAGCUCCACGACUUCAUGCUGAGGGCAGAGGUGGGCACCGUCUUCGCCCUGAGCUGGCUCAUCACCUGGUACGGCCACGUCCUCACCAACUUCCACCACACCCUGCGGCUCUACGACUUCUUCCUGGCCUCGCACCCCCUCAUGCCCGUCUACUUCGCCGCCGCGGUGGUGCUGCACCGGGAGGCGGAGGUGCUGGCCUGCGACUGCGACAUGCCCAGCGUGCACCAGCUCCUGUCCCGCGUGCCCCAGGACCUGCCCUACGAGAGCCUCGUGGCCAAGGCGCAGGAGCUCUUCCAGCGCCACCCGCACUGCCAGCUGGCCCGGCAGACCGCCCUGCGGCACCGCAGCAGCAUCGCCGUCCGGUCCUUCGCCGCCUUCCAGCAAGCCGCGUCCCGGCAGCGCCCCGACGCCGUGCUGCGCCGCCAGCGCCUGCUGCGGGCCGGGGCGCGGGAGGCCGCCGGCACCCCGCCGCCCGCUGCCGGGCACAGCGCCCUGGUGAAGGCGGCCGUGUGGGGGCUCUCGGCCACGCUGGGGGCCGUGGCCCUGGCCGUGACGCACACCGCGCUCGACUGGGGCCCCGAGUUCCUGCUGCAGCUCUUCUAGCGCCCGGGGAGACGCAGCGGGGCCGGGGGCCGAGCCCGGCUGCCGCGAAACGCCCCGGCGGGGAGCAGCCCUGGCCCCGGGGCGUGUGUUUUAAUAAAGUCUGGGUUUUUGA